AUGCAAUAUAUAACUUCUUUGCUCCUCAGCUGCCUGUGUCUCUAUCUGACAGAAGAUUGUCAGCACUUUUAUGUGCUCUUUCUUUGUAUUACUGUCAUUAGGGAACAAAGACAAGCAGCCAACAUGACUGAACACAAAAAAAUGUCCAUGAGUCGGAAACACAGUAUAAAGAGCUUAAUGCUUCAGGUUGCAAGAGAUUUGUUAGAAGUUGAAGCUGAAGAGAAAGUAAAAGAGAGGAAGACAUACAUGGAUGAACACUGCCCUACUCUUUGUUUACCCAGCAGCAAGGAGGGGUUACAGGCACUGUGCAAAGAGCUGCAUGAAAAGAUCAUUGUUAUUGAUGAAGAACGUUACAAUCUGGAAGUCAAAGCCAAUAUGGUUGUGGAUGAAGUUAAAGAUUUGAGUAUAAAAAUUGUAGACCUAAAAGGCAAAUUUAAGAAACCUCCUCUAAAGAAAGUACGUAUGUCAGCUGAUGCUAUGCUUCAAGCUCUGCUCGGCUCCAAACACAAGGUGAACCUGGACCUGAGGGCCAACCUGAAACAAGUGAAGAAGGAGGUCAAGGAGGAGGAUAAGGAAUUACGUGAUGUUGGUGACUGGCGUAAAAGUAUUGAAGACAAGGCUGGCAUGGGUGGAAGAAAAAAGAUGUUUGAGACUGAGUCUUGAAUGCACUGACUAGACAUUUGACUAGACAUCAGUUUGACAAUGUUAAACUAGUUCCACUUUGCCAGUAGUUAUGUCACAAAUGACUCAAUAUAUCUACAUAAUUCACAGAUAAACUGUCCUGUGAAUGUUUUUCUCCUUUUUUUUUUUUUUAAAGAAAUGGUCUGUUCCUAUCUAUAACCAGCAUUGUGCUUUAACUUCAAUCUCUUUGUAAAGACGUUUACCAAAUAAAGGCCUUAUGUUAAAAAAAAAUCAUUUUAUAGGUUAA